AUGAAAAAAGGUUCUGUAUUUGCUGGUAAAAAAGGUCCUUUAACAACUGGUUAUGGUACACCAGUUAAUAUAUCAUCAACAUCAUCUUCAUUCUUCGAUAAUAGCCUUCAACAAAUAUCACAUAAUCCAAUAGGACCUUCAAAAAAUUGGCAAGCAACACCAAUAAAUUCACAUCGAUUUCCAUCUACACAUUAUUCAUCACAACAACCAAAUUCAACAUCAACUAUUCGAACACAUCCUUUAAUUACAUCUGUUAUUAUUACAAAUACACCAAAUUCAAAUAUAAUUAAUCGAGUUAAACCAUAUACACUUCAAGGUCUUGUUGAAAAUCUUAAUGAAUUACUUGCUGAACUUGCUAUUCCACAUUCAAUGCGUUAUGAUACAAAAUAUGGUUUUGAAGAUAUUCUUACUGUACUUGAUCAUUUAACAAAUCCAUUACGUUAUGAAACUCAACGUUUUCAACCAUUUCCACCAUUACCACAACCAACAAAACCAGGUGGAAAAAUUUCUUUAACUGAUCGUUGGGCUUAUUUAAAACAAGUUUUUCUAUUAUAUCGUCUUUCAACAAUUGAACAAUUAUCACGUAUUAAACCAGAACGUGUUAUGUCACAUGAUCAUAUAAUAAUUAUGAUAGAAUUAUUAAUACAAUUAAUAACAUGUAUAUUUAAAAGUCAACAUGAACAAGAACGUAUAGCAACAAAUAAUUAUUUAAGUGAAUUUAAAUUAUUAAUGCGUCAAAUGUUUUGGAUUGGAAGACAUAAUCCAGUUGUUAUGGAAGAAUCUAUGUAUGAAUUACGACAUCAUAUCUAUGCAAAAGAUAAUCUUGAAAUAGUUGAUCGAUUACAACAUGAAAAAAAAAUGAAUGAAAUGACUAUUGAACGAGAUCAAUUAAAACAACAAUUUGAAGAAUUAAAAAUGAAUCGUAAUGAACUUGAAAAUGAAUGUACAACAUUAACAACAACAAAUGAGAAUGAUAUUGUUGAAUUUACUCGAAAACAAGAAGAAGCAUCAGAUGAACAAUCAAAAUUAAUUGAAUUAACACAAAUUGUUGAACAAAAAGAAAUGGAUAAAAAACAUUUAAUUGACCGUAAUCAAUCAUUAUCCGAUAAACUUUUUAAUCAACAAACAGAUGUUGAGUUACAACGUCAUGUUCGUUCAAAUAAUGAACUUAAACAACAACAUGAAGUUCUUCUUUCGACAUUACUUCUUGAACAACAAUUACAUAUAACAGCAGCUAAUGAACAUAAACGACUUGUUAAAGAAGUAAAUUAA